AAAAUGAUGGAAUGGAGAUUGAGGGAAUUGAAAACGAAGUUCUGGAAAAUCGUGCAGAGGAGAAUGCCGAAAGGAGACUCAUACCUGCCGCUGUACCUCCACCACCUGCACCUGCCGAUAACCAAAGAGAAUUUGAUUUACAAUUACCACAAUUACAUAAUUUUGAGCCAAAUUUGCAAAAUUUGCCACAAUUACCACAAUUACCAAAUUUCGAGCCAAUUCCUAACUUACCUCCACUCCCUAAUCUACCUAAUGACCCGGGGCGAAAUAACAUGCCGUGGCCAGUGUUAAAUAUACCACCACCGCCACCACCUGCUCUAGAUCUGUUACCUCAACCGCCACCACCUGCGCCUGAUUCAUACAAUUUUAAUGAAAGAAAUCCGCAAUUCCCGGAGAAUUCAUCAAUUUAUCGUGCACCGGAGCAGCAUAAUGACCCUGAACAACCACUCAACCAAAACGGGGAAAUUAUCGAUUUUCCUAUUGAUCUAAAGCCUCUGGAAAAUAAUGGUUUUGAUUCCUCUACUUCUGCAAAUUCAUCAUCCUUUAAAGACAUUUAUGGCGUUCCUGUAUCUAAGGAAAAUACAUCUAAUUCUUCUAUACAGCAAAAUGACACUGCUUCAAUUUCUUCUCCAUUUACAAAUCCUUCCUCUUCAGAAUCACAAUCAGCUCAUAUUUUUUACUCUAAUGAUAAAAACAUUUCAAUUUCAGCGUUAUUAACUGAAGUCGACAAAAAGAAAAAAGCCGAAAUCGAGCAAACAUUGGGUUUUAGUGGUACAGAUACUCAUGCCUUGUCUGCAAUGUCGUCGCAAAAAAUGCUAGAUCAAGAGGAAAUGAGGUCAAAAUUUCUUUUUACAGAUAAUAAAAAGAAUAAUCACUCGAAUCGACGAAUAAGGCCAAUAAAACAAAUGAAGUCACGUACAAAAGCGUCAACAUCUAAUUCAAAGCCUUACUUGCAAAAGAUAAACACUGCAUACAACUCAUUACAAAAUGAAAUUAAAGUUCCUGUUGAUAGCACUUCAUCUAUAAAAAGUGAGGACCUGCGUGGAGAGACCAAUUUGCAAGAAUCAGAAGACUCCGAAGAAGGUGGCGAUUCAUCGCUAUUUUCAGAAAGCGAAGCUAGUAGUGAAGACAAUGGUGAAACUGGAGACAAUAGUGUUAGCGGGAAAUCAAUUAGCCCCUCUAAAUUAAUAGCAAAUAACAGAAGUUUAUAUCAUGUCAAUCAACCUUUUCCUGCUUCCAAUUCUUUCAAUUCUUCAAAAAAUGCGGCUCGUCAAAUGAAGUGGGCAUCCGAAGUAGCACCACCAUCGAGGCGAAAAUUGCCACAAAAAUCUUUGGAUCCAAAUUUAAUACCAUUUUUGCCCGAAUCAAACUCGUCAAAUUGGGUGAAAAAUGAAAAACCCUGGUUUGACAACUCAUCUUCAAGUUCAAUCACGACAAAUAGGCAUGGUGGUCUGGACGAUUCAAGUAGCUGGGAAGAGAUAUUGGAGGACGAUGAUAAUGAAGCUAAUGAUGGGCAGGAUCCUGAUGAUACAUUAAAUGUAGGAGAAGCGCAAGAUCAUCGUGUUGAUGCCCAACAAGAUGCAAACGCAUUUCCACUACUCCCAAGACAAGAACAAGUUCGACAGCCUAAUGUAAUAUGGAUUCCCCCUCAUAAUAAUAAUCUCAACAAUGAGCCACAACAAAAUAACAACGAAAAUCCUGGUGUGAACCAGCCACUUGUUAAUAAUGCACCAAUCCCUCCUAUUAAUCCAGCCCAGCCUUUAGUUAGAAGAGAUCCCAAUCAAGAUCAGCCCGUUGCUCCACUGUUUAAUGAGGCCAUCGACGCCCCCGUUGAUCUCGAAGGAGUUCUUGAAGCAAUUGGAAUGAGAGGAUCUCUAUGGAUGUUGAUACAGAAUUCGGCUUUGAUGGCUCUCUUAAUUGCUUUAUGUCUGGGAUUGUCGAUUUGGAUACCUUAUAUAUCGAAUCCUUUCUAUCUGAUACAAGGACCUCUGUGGUUACUACGACGUGUUACAGACCCGUUAGUUGAUCUCGUUAUUGAUACUGCGUUACCUUGGAUAUGGUCAAUUAUAUCACCUGCUCUGAGAUCCGGAUGGGAAGCCUACAAUCCCUUCAUUUAUCCUUAUCUUGAACAACUUGCUAUAGUUGAGCCUUUACAAACUGUGGCCAGUAAAUCAUGGGAAUAUUUCUUGUACGCAAUGUCUCUUACGGCACAAAUCGCUCCUACCGCAUCGGAAAAAACCGUCAUCAAUAAUGCCACUACAGUAAUAAACCCAGAAAAUGAAAUCUCACAAUUAGUCCAUCUUGAUUAUAUAAGUCUAGCGUUUAAAUUCAUUCAACGGUAUAAUGAAUUUGCAUAUGGAAAUAAACCAGUCGAUAAGAUUGUUUGCAUAAUUUUUGGAUACACAAUUGUCAUAUUGGUGAGCACUUGGUAUCUUGCCAGAACCAGAAACGCUUACGGUAGGACAGUUGGACGUGCAGUUCAAGAAGCGUUAAGACAACAGGGCAUAGUACUAAAGGUGGCUUUCUUUGUGGUGAUAGAAUUAGUCAUUUUCCCAAUAAUUUGUGGAAUUCUAUUGGAUCUUUCAACUUUACCACUAUUUCCCGAUGCGACUCCAUUAAGUCGCUUCAACUUCUAUUUAGAAUCUCCUUUUACUUCAAUAUUCCUUCAUUGGUUUAUUGGAACUGGUUUUAUGUUUCAUUUCGCAGUGUUCGUCUCUUUAUGCCGUGAAAUUGUGCGUCCAGGCGUAAUGUGGUUUAUCCGAGAUCCAAAUGAUCCGCAAUUCCAUCCUAUCAAAGAAAUAUUAGAGAGACCUGUGUUGACACAAUUAAAAAAAAUUGGAGCAAGCGGAAUUAUGUAUAGUGCAAUGAUU